GUGAAUUUUCAGACGAUCAAAUAGUCAAAAAAAUUAAAACAUCAGGUUUUAAAGAUGGCGAAAUCAUUUUCGAUAACGAAAAGGUUUUAUGGAGUCAAAAUUUUCCUCGACAUAAAAAACAAUAUCUUCAUGAUUAUCCACAUAGCAAACCUUUAUAUGAAUACAAAUUGGAACUCGAGAAUAUUGAAUCCUACAAUUCUGAGAUGAGUGAAUAUAACUCAGAUGAUUCAAAUCAUACAAAAGAAAAAAAGUUGAGAAAUAAAACCAACGGAAAAAGAAAAGCAGACCAAUUAGAGAAAGCA